CUUCUACGGAAGAAUUGGAAGAUCAAUGGUUAUUCCUUAAAUGUAUUUAGAUGGACUCCUGAAUUUGAUCCCACUGUUGAAUCCCCAUUGCUACCCGUCUGGAUAGGAAUGGAAGGUCUACCAAUUCACAUAUUUGAUUCUUCUGCUCUUUACUCCAUUGCCAAUUUGAUUGGGAAACCAUUAAAGGCAAACAAUGCUACAAUCCAAUUAACUAGACCAUCAGUAGCUCGUGUUUUUGUGGAACUGGACUUAUCCAAGGAACUGCCAACCUCUGUGUGGAUUCACCUAGGGAAGCUUUCUUUUCUACAACCCAUCCAUUAUGAAGACCUUCCUGCCUUCUGCACAUCAUGCACUGAUAUUGAACCUGCAGUUUUCCCUGAUGAGGAUACCACUGAAGCAACUAAUGAAGCCCAAGUUGCUACUGAAAUUCCAAAUGAAGCCGAAGCCAUCGAGGAAAUGGAAGGAACCCAUUUUGGUGGAACUCAUUCUACAACUACUAAUGAAGUUGAAGGAGCCAAAACCAUUGAUGAAAGAGUCAAAGCCAUUGAUGAAGGAACCGAUUCUGCAGCUAGAACUGUUAUUACGGAAGGAACCCAUUCUGCAGCUCCUAUUGAAGUUGAAGGAGCCAAAGCCAUUGAUGAAGCCAUUUUUGCAUCAAAAAUUGCUACUGAAGCUGUUACAAAAGGAACCCAAGAUGUUGAAAAAUAUUCUAGGAAUACACUGCCCAGCGUUACAGGCUUUGAAAAACUGCCACAACAAUCUAUUGCCCACGAAAAUCUGAUUUCGAAUGAUGUUUCCACAAUAAGCAAUGCUACACCUGAACUCUCAAGCAACAAGGUGAUCAAUGAUGACACAAAAGCAUCUACAGAAAGCCCACUGGAAGAAACACCACACCCUCAAAGACUUCACUUGGAAAAUAAAGACUUGCCACCAACAGAUCUCGAUCCACCAAUAGAAGAAUUCCCGCAAGAUGAGCUCCUUUAUCCAGAAAUCGAAAAUGAUCCACGAUACAAAGAGGUCUUAGAGAAUAUGCGAAGGAAUAACCCAGGAAGAUACGGGAACAUGUCUCUUAACCAAAUUGAUGACUUUAUUGAAAAACGAUCUUCUCCUCAUCAAUUUAACUCUGAAGGGACCUCCAACCUCAACCUUGAUGACUUCCAAGAAGUCCACCACAAACGCACAAAGAACACAAGCAAGAGACCUUCUAACCCACAAACAGUAACAACAAGGAACUACGAUCCCACUCUCGAAGUUAGAAUAGUUAGCCUUGUUCCAAAGUACUGGCCAAGCAGGAAAACCACAACCAUGGAACGCAUCAUCACAGCAGAGAGCUACACAUGCCAAUUUUGGAAUGUAGGCCCUGUCGGUCCAAUUGGAAAAGACGGGAAAAGGCCAAAAAAAGUCAUGCCUAAAAACAAGACAUUUGAUGAACACCCGGGCUUCAUAAUCUGGGAAUGAUCAGUUCCAUGCACUUUUCUUUUCGCGUAGUUGCUUUUCUUCCAGUUAUUUUCUUUCCCCAGGGGUUUUGGCCUAGUCCCCCCUAUUGUACUCGCCUUUUUUUUUCAAUAAAAAUUUGCUCUUUAU